AAUUGCCGGCGAACGGGAAAUUAAAAUAUAUAAUUUUCCAGUGUCGUCUACAAAAACGCGGCUGGUUCUGUCUCUCUUCAAAUAUUUUUCCAGCUUCCGAGUUUGUGAAGGUAUUAACCCUACCUACCUCUUUGCUUGCUUUGAGUUAUCGAGUGCUGCAUUUGGUACGAAGGAAAGGGAAAAAUGUGUGGUGGUGCAAUUAUAUCGGAUUAUAUACCUACGAGCCGAUCUCGGGGCUCUGUGAAAGAACUCUGGCCUGACUUUGAUAAGUUCUCGGACUUCAUUAAUGGCGUUAAUAAGCCCGUGGAGAGUUACGAUAGUAGAGCUUCUGAGAGUUUCGACAGCUUCUCCGAUGAUGAUUCCAUGGGGUUCGAUGAUGAGCCCUGGUUUCAGUCUAAGCCGCUGGCCAAGGAGCCGCAGAUUGCUUCAGGAGGAAAUAGUCCUGCGAUUUCUUCAUUGAAACCGCUGGAAUUCAAAGGGGCUGCAGCGAAGACCGCAGGGCGCAAGAGAAAGAAUUUGUACAGAGGUAUCCGACAGCGUCCAUGGGGGAAAUGGGCUGCAGAGAUAAGGGACCCGAAGAAGGGGGUGAGGGUUUGGCUAGGCACUUUUAACACCGCGGAGGAGGCUGCUAGGGCUUAUGAUUCAGCCGCCAGGAAGAUCAGAGGUAAGAAAGCUAAGGUUAAUUUUGACGAGGACUCGGCCCAAAGCAACAAAAGACCCCAGGGGAGAGACAAAGACAAGGUUCCUCGCAAAAAAACAAAGUCGUGUGCUCUCAAGACAGAUUUUUUCCACGGUAUUGGAAAAUCAAAUUUCAAAAAUGCCUCAAAGAGUAUACAUUUUGAUAUCAAUCAAGGUUCUGUAAACCAUAAUAGCGAAAAUCUAGGGUAUGUAGACGAGAGUGUUACGCAUCCUGAGCCGGGUGGUUAUUGUCAAAGCUUUGCCGACAGCCAGCCAAUGAAGUCAUCUGGUGUUAAGAAUCUCACGGGUUCUUUUGAAAACAAGCCUGCCGUCCUUAAAAGUUCCAUGAACAGUAACUAUGAAGGAGUGAUGUAUUUUGAUUCAGACACCAGCAGUGUAUCCUUUGAUGGUUCUCACAUGCCAUGGAUCCCUAAUGCCACAUCCCCUGAUAUUGAGUCAGCACAGCAGAAAUUCUCUGGCACUGGUGAGUCUGAUUUUUCGGUAACUGGUGUUUCUGAGGACAUACAGCAUCCUCCAGUUGAAGAGAAAACUCCCCAAAAUGGCGAGAUAAAGUCAGAGCUGGCGCUGGUGGAGGAUCUUCCGUCUAUGGAGCCCUACAACUGGUUAUUUCAGUUGCAGCCGUAUUUUGAAGGAAGCAUGAACAUGAACAUGGAUCAGUCGUUGCAGGGCAUGGUGAUGGGUGAGGACAAUGACAAUUCUCUGCAGCUCUGGAGUUUUGAUGCCGUGCAUGUUUCGGACCCUGUUUAUUGAUUGGGCUCUCGUUUGUUGUGUCUGUAAAUAUAAUGUAGGGAAUCAAGGAGAUCUUUUUUAAUAAGAGCCUCAGUGAAAUAGGCAACUUGAUCUUAUUUUUUUUGCUUUUGGUUCGUCUGAAACUGCAGAGUAUAUUUCCUGAGAGUUUUAGAAGUACUUGAAUUAGGUUUAGGUGUUUAACAUAAGUUUUAUACUAAUAAGGUCCUACAUCUGAUUAUGGAGAAAGUGGCUUGUCAUCUUAUGCUAGGUAAGUAAGUAUGAUGGCAUAAUUUAACUGGUACAGCUGGAUCAGUCUAGAUUACAUGUGUCGUAUGACAAAAGUCUGGUUUGAGAGAUCCACUAUUCACAGGGAAUAAAUUUCAGUGUUUAGAUCUGGAGGUUAGAUACUGACUAUUUAGUGCUUUCUGUAUGAGAAAUAAUGUUUCCUUGAACAUAUAUAGAUAUGUUUUUGUGAAUCUUAUGCAAGAAACUACUGUAUUCAUGUAAAAUGAAGUGAAUUUGUUGGAUGCUUUA